UGGCUCCACAUCCGGGAACUAGAGCGCCACCGCCACCGCCACCACCGAAGCAGAGCCUGGCGGGCUCGGUGACCAUUUAUCCCUUGUCCUUUCAAUACAGCGCUGGACUUUCUCAUUAUGCAGUCCAGCUGUGGGAGACUGAGUGUGUCAGACACUUCGCUGGCCAAUGUGUCCCCUGCAAAAGGGUUUGCUAAGGCAGGAGCAGUGCCAAGGAGGCAUGCGGGGCCACACAGUGGAGUUACUAAGCAGAAAACUAAACCACGAGCCGAGGGAGCUUCCCUGGGCUCGAGUUUCUUCCUCUGUAAAUAAUUGUAAUCAUCUCUCCCCUGCUUAGUCCAUAAACCUGUUUACUGUGACACUGGCACCAUAACCAGAGAGUUGUUGGGAAAUACGUGGACGUGUGAGGACGCGUGGGGUUGUUUUCCCUGGCUACCUCCUCUACCAUUCUGCUUCCGUCUGUCUGGUUUUCACGGCCGGCUCAGGUUUGUGAAACCUCUUUGUUCAUCGAACUGAUGAAUUGUUACAAAGAUGUGAAAGGCACCAUCUACAAUUAUGAGGCAUUCACUCUUAAUGGAAAGCAACGCAUCCAGUUCAAGCAGUAUGCGGGAAAAUACGUCCUCUUUGUCAACGUGGCCACCUACUGUGCACUGACCUCUCAAUAUCCUGAAUUGAAUGCACUCCAGGAAGAGCUGAAGCCUUUUGGCCUAGUCGUGUUGGGUUUUCCAUGCAACCAGUUUGGAAAGCAAGAACCAGGACAGAACUCAGAGAUUCUUCCUGCGCUCAAGUAUGUCCGUCCAGGCAAAGGGUUUGUGCCUAAUUUCCAGCUUUUUGAGAAAGGGGAUGUGAAUGGUGGAAAAGAACAGAAUAUCUUCACCUUCUUGAAGCACUCCUGUCCUCACCCUUCUGGGAUUUUGGGCUCAUUAAGACAUAUCUCCUGGGAACCCAUAGAAGUCCAUGACAUCCGUUGGAACUUUGAAAAGUUCCUGGUGGGGCCUGACGGAGUCCCUGUCAUGCGUUGGUUCCACCUGGCUGAAGUCAGCACGGUCAAGUCAGACAUCCUGGCCUACCUGAAGCAAUCCAAACCCAAAAAGGAAAGUGGAGUUGGAGGUAACGAAGCACCUGAAGACCUGUUCCAAGGAGAACUACAACAAAAUCCAGCUUCUCGCCACAUUUUUUCCCCUACUUGGCAUCCACUUGACUAAAUGACCUCCAUUCUGCCAAAGUUUCUGCUCUCCAGCAAGUGUUUAUGUUAAGAAGGUUGCUACUGUUCCUCCUAGGUAAAGAAUAAAAGAAUGGAAACCCUA